CAGAGGCUGUGUGAUUUUUGUUUGUUAAACAAGUGUUUUGCAGAAAAAGAUUGCGGAAUCUUGGUUUGCGCACCUCAGUUAUUCGGGCGCUGUGACAUGGAUCUGCCUGCCCCACCAACCAAUUAUCCCAAAACUUUAACCUCCCUUAUCCUAUGCCGCCGUCGUCCUGACGCGGGGGCGGCGAGGAGGCAGGAGGCGAUAAACAAUUGCGCCAGCCGGAGGCUACCCCGUCCAAUCGUAUCGCCUCCACGAGGCCCAUCAGUCCGCCACCACUCGCUGCUGCAGCCCGCCCCGCCCGGACCUGCCAGCGACCGAGUCGUCGAGAGAUCCAGCGCCGUCGUCGCGCAACCGCCGCUGCCGCCGCCGCUGCUGCUGCCGGAGAUGCCGAGCCCGACGAUCCGGAGGCUGGACGUGGCGUCACCGGUGCCGGCGGACAUCGACAUCGCCAAUUCCGUCGAGCCGCUCCCGAUCGCCGACAUCGCGGCAGAGCUCGGCCUCGGGCCCGAGCACUACGACCUCUACGGCAGGUACAAGGCCAAGGUGUUGCUGUCGGUUCUUGAUGAUCUCAAGGCGCAGCAGGACGGGUACUACGUCGUGGUGGGAGGCAUCACGCCGACGCCGCUCGGGGAGGGCAAGUCCACCACCACCGUCGGCCUGUGCCAGGCUCUGGGCGCGUUCCUUGAUAAAAAGGUUGUCACUUGCCUCCGUCAACCAUCACAAGGGCCUACCUUUGGAAUCAAGGGAGGUGCAGCUGGAGGUGGCUACAGCCAAGUUAUACCCAUGGACGAGUUCAACCUUCAUCUGACAGGCGAUAUCCAUGCAAUUACGGCUGCAAACAAUCUCUUGGCUGCUGCUAUUGAUACAAGGAUCUUCCAUGAAAAUUCUCAGUCAGACAAGGCACUGUUCAACAGAUUAUGUCCCACAAACAAAGAAGGCAAGAGGCGCUUUGCUGACGUAAUGCUCAAACGUCUGACAAAGCUUGGCAUUUCGAAGACAGAUCCCAAUGAGCUUACACCAGAUGAAGUUAGACGUUUUGCAAGGCUUGACAUUGACCCUGAGUCCAUUACAUGGCGAAGGGUGAUGGAUGUCAACGAUCGUUUCCUGAGGAAAAUCACUAUUGGACAGGGCCCUGAAGAAAAAGGAAUGGUGAGAGAAACAGGAUUUGACAUAUCAGUGGCUAGUGAGAUAAUGGCUGUGUUAGCUCUUACAACUUCCCUUGCCGACAUGAGAGAAAGGCUUGGAAGAAUGGUGAUAGGGAACAGCAAGUCAGGAGAGCCAAUUACUGCUGAUGAUCUUGGUGUUGGAGGUGCCUUAACUGUCCUAAUGAAAGAUGCAAUUCAUCCCACCCUCAUGCAAACUCUUGAAGGCACACCAGUUUUGGUACAUGCUGGACCAUUUGCUAACAUUGCUCAUGGAAACUCCUCGAUAGUUGCUGAUAAGAUAGCUUUAAAGUUGGUUGGGAAGGGUGGUUUUGUUGUUACUGAGGCAGGUUUUGGUGCUGAUAUUGGAACUGAGAAGUUCAUGGAUAUAAAGUGUAGAUACAGUGGAUUGGUGCCACAGUGUGCUAUUAUUGUGGCCACAAUUAGAGCUCUUAAAAUGCAUGGUGGGGGACCAGAUGUUGUGGCUGGAAAGCCUCUGGAUCAUGCAUAUGUGAGUGAAAAUGUGGCCCUUGUUGAAGCUGGAUGUGUCAACCUUGCUAAACAUAUAGCAAACACAAGGAGUUAUGGAGUUAAUGUUGUAGUCGCAAUCAACAAAUUUGCAUCAGAUACUGAGGCAGAAAUGAACGCAGUGCGGAAUGCAUCUAUGGCUGCUGGAGCCUUUGAUGCUGUUGUCUGCACACACCAUGCCCAUGGUGGUAAAGGAGCGGUUGAACUUGGACUCGCAGUUCAACGAGCAUGUGAAAGCCAGUUGGAGCCUCUGAAAUUUCUGUAUCCUUUGGAAUCUAGCAUAAAGGAGAAGAUUGAAUCCAUAGCUAAGUUCUAUGGUGCUAGUGGCGUCGAAUAUUCUGAACAGGCUGAGAAGCAGAUUGACAUGUACACGAAGCAAGGCUUCUCCAACCUCCCAAUCUGUAUGGCGAAAACCCAAUACUCAUUCUCACAUGUUCCCUCCAUGAAGGGCGCCCCGACCGGCUUCGUUCUACCGAUAAGGGACGUGAGGGCCAGCAUCGGAGCUGGGUUCAUCUACCCGCUCGUGGGCACCAUGAGCACGAUGCCCGGCCUUCCCACAAGGCCCUGCUUCUACGAGAUCGACGUCGACACUGCUACUGGGAAGGUCAUGGGCCUGUCAUAAACUGAAGCUCAGCUGGUGCUGUUUAGAGACCGGAUCCGCAUUUGCAUUGGAGCGGAAUUGUGCAGCUACAGAAUUUUGUGUCAUUCCUUGAGAUGAAUAAUAGAAAUAAGUAUCCGUUCCUGGCUACCUGCAAAUGCAGUGUUACUUCUUGUUACUGCUCGAACCCAUGCUGUUUAGACUCUGUUCUUGUGUCCCAUAUCUCAAAACUUGCACUCCGUCUCUAA